AUGAUCUUCAGAUGCAAGUCAUUGAUGAAAAAGGAAUUGAGACAGCACAAGAGUCGCAUGUCCAACGCGAUUGAGGCAUUCCACAGUGCGCUCUACAAGCUGAUGCUUGAGAAGAGACAACCUGUUGCCACCAGUCUUCGACUGUUAUUGCAGGUAGCCGAAUAUCAUGGCAUGAUGAUGUUGGACUUGUAUGAGAACAACAUUCGUCCUCAUUACGGGAACAAUCAGAAGAAAACAACGGCAAAGAAGUACGCGACUCUUUACGAAAUCAAGGACGGCCGUGCGCCAGACAACAACGCUGCUCUCUUUGGAUCCAAGAAGAGAAAGCAACAAGUAGUAAUCAUUGGUGAUGAGGAGAAUGGCAAGCGUAAAAAGGCCAAGAAACUAGAAACUCGCGGCACUGGUUUGAACGCUGCGAUCAACGAACAUUUGGAUGAGGUUAUCGAAAUAGAGCAGAAUUGUCCAAAGAUUGAUGACAUUGCAGAUGGCAAUAUCAGCGAUGAGAGAUUCUUCCUUGAACUACUCUCAGAUAGUGAUGGUGAAAACGGUGAAGUAGACGACAGAUAUCAUAUAACCGAGAAUCUAGAAAACGACAUUAAGGAUAUGCUUAAAGGUGCUGGUGUUUCUGUCGAAGAUGUUGUUGUCAACUCUGAUGAGAGCUUCGAAUCGUCUGUUAUUGAUCUUGUAUCUUCCUCUUCUUCCUCUUCGUCAAUAAUGAAGACCAAGUCUGAGCCUACUGCAUCUAAGAUGAGAGCACCAACUGAUUCUGAUUUCUCAUUGUCUUCGUCUUCCUCGAACUUAUCCUGUCUUGCAAUUCAACCACAACAGCAGAUCAACCUUCGCUUGAGAACGACUCAUCUACCGCUGCUGGCUUCCUGUUGCCACAAAAAAAGAACAUCUCUCUUGCAGAAAUAUCAGUGGCUCGUGAAAGAUGAUCAAAAUAACCAUCCAGACAGCCACCCAUCUCUGCCCGUUCCCACCUAUAUUGUGUCAAACGAAAGUAACUCCUGCUUCAUCGAUGCGUUUUUUGAGCUUCUGUUCAAUGCUGUCCUUCCAUUUGUGGAUAUGUCUUUCGCUGAUGAAAACAACGCCUAUGAUUGUCUACUCAUGAAUGCUUUUGAAUCAUAUUCUCAGCAAUCACCUUCUGGUAUCCGUGCUGCUACUUCUACUGUGAGGCACUUUGUUUGGAAUAUGACAGAAUACAAGCUUGUCUCUGGUGUUCGUCAGCUGGUUAAGUCAUUCCCAAAAGGUCGUCAGGGUGAUAUUCUUGAUUUGGCGAGCAUGGUAUUGGAGCGUUUGUCGAGUGUCUUUGCCAGCAAGGUUUGCACAUUUCCAUCGUUGCAAUGUGAAAGAAAAGUGCCUUGCUCUGUAGAAAAAAGCGCAUGCGUAUGCGAGAGAUGA